UAAAUAUAUAUAAAUAUCAAGAUGUUAAAAUUACUAAAUGUAAUUGAACGUUCAUUGAUUUAUUAUUCUAAAAAUAAUUCAUCAGUUUUAAUAAAUAGUAAAAUAAUAAAAUUUUCUAAUCGCAUUAAUGUCAUAAAUGUCAGCAGUCAAAAGAAAAAUGACAGACUCGAUGAUUCAACUGAAGAUUGCGGAAAAAGAAAGAGGAAUAGUGAUGCCAAUACCAGUAAUUCUGAAUCUCCACCUGCUAAAAAGCCGGACACCAAAACUACAAAACCCAGAGCGCGAAAACCCAAAGCAUCACCAAAAUUAACAAAUAAAUCCAAAAGCAAAGAGACGUUGAAUAAAUUGUCGUUCGUCAAAGAAACGCCUAAAAAAAAUUCCACUGAUGAAAAUUCAACAAAUGGAAUUUCCAAGAAAGAAUUGAAUGGAAGCGGUACAAAAGAAUCAGCUAAAAAACGUUCACGAGCUUUAAAGUCUGAUUCAAGUGAUGACGAUGGUCAUUUGCCGUUACCUGUUACGCCAGAGAAGUCUAAAAAAGUUGAUGAUGAUGAUGAAGAAAUAUCUGAAAAUCCAGCAUCAUCUCCAGAUAAAUCUAAAGAUAAGGAAAAGUCUCCAGAAAAAUCCAAUGAUAGUAAAAAGUCUCCAAUAAAAACUGAGGAUCUAAAGAAAUCUCCAGAAAAAUCUAAAGAUGUAGAAAAGUCAUCAGAAAAAUCCGACGAUACAGAAAGUCCUCAAGAAUCUUCUGACGAUGAAAAACCGAACCCAAAACUUCAAAGGUCGCGAUUAAGAAUAGUCGACAGUGAUUCUGAAUCCGAAGAAGAAUCACCACCAGUUGAGAAAACCCCUACUAAAGAUAUCCGUAACUUCUUCUCAAAGCCAGCGAAGAAAAAUCCCACUAAGGCUGAAAAAUCAAAGAGCAAUUUAUUCAGCAAGCAGGAUAAAAAUUCCCAGGACAGUAAAUCUGAGCAACACAAUACUCCUGAGUCUUAUAAUCCUCUAAUGGACAAAUAUCACCCGAUUUUAAAUGCCUGCUGGACCAAAGGACAGAAGACUCCAUACAUAGCCCUGACCCGUACCCUUGAACUGAUUGAGCAAACGAGUUCGCGGCUAAAGAUCGUUGAGAUUUUAUCAAAUUACUUGAGGUCAGUUAUUGUCUUAACACCCGAAGACUUAUUACCCAGCGUUUACUUGUGUCUCAAUCAAUUAGCGCCGGCCUACGAAGGUCUCGAACUAGGAAUCGCUGAGACGACUUUAAUAAAAGCUAUUGCGCAGUGCACUGGCCGUACACCGGCCCAGAUAAAAGCCGACGCGCAAGAAGCCGGUGACUUGGGUAUCGUCGCUGAAGGCAGUCGGUCCAAUCAGCGAGUGAUGUUCCAACCAGCGGCACUCACCGUAGGAACCGUCUAUUCAAAGCUGAAAGAAAUCGCGCAGUCAACAGGCACUGCCUCCGUAGGAAAAAAAGUUGAUCGUAUUCAGUCUCUGUUCGUCGCUUGCCGAUUCUCAGAAGCUCGUUACCUCAUCAGAUCACUUGCUGGUAAACUUAGAAUCGGUUUAGCUGAGCAGUCAGUCCUUCAAGCGCUCGCUCUUGCUUGCGCAAUGACUCCGCCCAAUCAAGAAUACCCGCCGGAGAUUCUAGACGCCAGUAAAAAAAUAUCCAGUGAUGAGUUCAAGAAAAAGUACGAGGCCAUUGCGUUGAUUAUCAAGACAACGUACUGCGAGUGUCCCAAUUAUGGAAUGAUUAUUCCGGUGAUUUUGAAAGAUGGUGUCGAGGCAUUGCCGGAUAAAUGCAAACUGACACCGGGAAUUCCAUUGAAACCGAUGCUGGCUCAUCCAACAAAAGGUGUCCAGGAAGUACUCAAACGUUUUGACGGUCUGAAGUUCACUUGCGAGUGGAAAUAUGACGGAGAAAGAGCGCAAAUUCAUAUAUCUGAUGAUGGGAAGGCUUACAUUUUUAGUCGCAAUCAGGAAAAUAAUACAUCUAAGUACCCAGAUAUCAUUGGGCGGCUGAGUAACACUCGUGGUGAUGACGUCAAAAGUUGUAUUUUAGAUUGCGAAGCUGUAGCUUGGGAUCGUGAAAACAAACAAAUUUUACCGUUUCAAAUUCUAAGUACGAGAAAACGUAAAGACGCUAAUGAGGCGGACAUAAAGGUCCAGGUUUGUGUAUUCAUGUUCGACUUGUUGUAUUUCAAUGGCGAGCCUUUGGUAAAAAAACCUUUCGCCGAACGACGCGAGUUGCUGAAGAAAAAUUUUAAAGAAGUUGAAGGCGAGUGGAAUUUUGCUACCAGUCUUGACACGACGACCAUGGAAGAAGUCCAAGAGUUUUUAGAUGUUUCUGUUAAGGGAAACUGCGAAGGUCUGAUGGUCAAAACUCUGGAGGAAGAUGCUACUUAUGAAAUCGCCAAGAGAUCGAGGAAUUGGUUGAAAUUGAAGAAAGAUUAUCUUGAGGGUAUUGGUGACACGCUGGACUGUGUCGUCAUUGGAGGAUAUAUUGGCAAAGGCAAACGUACUGGUACUUAUGGAGGAUUUUUGCUCGCUUGUUAUGAUUCUGAUAAUGAGGAGUAUCAAAGUCUUUGCAAGAUCGGUACAGGAUUCAGUGAAGAAGAUCUCCAAAAACAUACGACAUUAUUAAAAGACCAUUUAAUUUCUGGACCAAAAUCUUAUUACCGCUACGACUCGUCUCAUGAACCAGAUCAUUGGUUCGAACCAACCCAAGUCUGGGAAAUAAAGUGCGCAGAUUUAUCAUUGUCACCAGUCCAUCGAGCCGCCGCUGGAAUAGUUGAUCCAGUCAAAGGAAUAUCCUUAAGAUUUCCCCGGUUCAUUCGCGUACGCGAUGACAAAAAAGCUGAGGAUGCAUCAUCGGCGCAGCAGGUAGCUGAAAUGUACAAGAGCCAAGAGCAGAUAGUUAAUCAACAGCCAUCGAGUUCUGCAUUAAAUGAAGAAGAUUUUUAUUAAUUUAAUACCAAUUAAUUAACUCGGCAAUUGAAAAGCAAGUACAAUUUUAUUUUUAUUUUUAUAAAUUAAAUGCUGUAGUAUAAAAAUAUUUUUUUAAAUUCCUGUCGAUGUUUCAAUUUUUUUAAUUUAAAUUUGUACAGAAAAUAGCAUUUAAUUUUUUGUAAAAAUAAAAUUAACUCUUGCUGUCAUAAAUUUAUUAAAUUUAAAAGUUAAUCUAAUAAUGGAGUUUAAAUUAAAUGAUACUGAAGUUAGCUGAGGUCUAAUAAUUUUUGAAUCUUUUUACAAGCGAUAAAUUAUAAAAAAAAAAAUAUUUAAAAAAAUUGCACCGAUAGUUUUUUAAAUUUUUCUACAUGUGCAUUUUUUUUUUAUUACAAAUCGUCUGUUAACUUCAGGAUCAUAAAUUGUAAAGUAAAUGAAUUAAUUCCUGAGUGUGAAUGUAACUGACGUGUCAAUUUUUAUGAGUGCAAAUGUAGCAGACGUACGACAAUUUUCAAAUUACAUAUAAAAAAAUUGAAUAAUUAAAAUAAUAAAAUGAAAAAAAAUGUAUUUACUGAAUUUUGAAUUGUCUACACACGGAUUUUUUUAUUUUUCAAACAUUUUAAUUUAUUAUUUCAAAGCUUUAAAAACCAUCAGAUGUCCGCUAACUUUACUAUCAUUCAAUUUUUUUAAUUUUUGAAUUAGUAAAUAAAAUGUAAGUAGAAUAAAAAUUUUAAAAUGCAUAUUUAGAUCAAUGAAAAAUUAGUACGUGGAUUUUUUUUAAUUUCAUUAUUUUAUUUCUUUAAAAUUAAAAAAAACCGUCCAUAAAGCACACCUGCGCUUUCGCGCUUGAGGUGUGCAAUUGUCUUAUAUCUGAUACAUUCACACUCAUAAUUAAUUCAAAUAUUAACGAAUGUGAAUGUAGCAGACAUCAGACAUCUAAAAUUAGAAAUAAAUAGAGUAAAUAAUUAAUAAAAUAUAGAAUAUUACAUACCUAGGCGAGUAAAAUAAGAAAAGUCUCAGAGCACAUGUAAUUGUUGGCCGAGGCUGACAAACAUGUGGUCUGAGGCUUUCUUUUUUACUGGCCAAGGUGCGUAUACUAUUUUUCUGCUCGACGAAGCCGGAAAGUUGUAACUUCGUUCAUAUCAGGGCAGCGGUCCAAAAGUUGCCACUUUCCGGCCGGAGGGCAGAAAAAAUUUUUAAAAAAUGUGUAUUAAAAAAAUUUUGUAAUUAAUAAGUGCAUUUUUUUUAAAUUUUGUUUCAUUAAUUAUUUACUGUAUUUAUUAAUAAUUUAAAAUUUGUCUGAUGUCUGCUACAUUAUGAGUG